CAAGCGACGAGGAAGACAGCCAUGCUUGGUCUCCGAGCAACUAGGGCGGCGCGCUUCCCGUGCCCGUACUCCCCUUCCUCCUCUCCCCAGGCGGCGUCCCUCUCCGGGUUCGCGCGCCUCGCCCCCCUCGCCGCCGGCAGCCCCGCGCCGCCGCCCGCGGCCCUCUCGCUCCUCGCGUCCGCGUCGCCCAUCUCCGCGACGUGGGGCUCGGCCAUGCGUCCCGCCGGCCAACCCAGGCCCAGCACCAGGGUUCUCUGCACUGCUGCCGGUAGCCCUCCGACUCCGAGGGAGGGGAAGGAAGUGCUGGUCCAGCAUCUGCUUGUUGGCGAAAAGGAUGCUAGGCUUCUGGUCGAUCUGGAGAAGAGCAUCGCUUCAGGGGUGGACUUGAGCGAUUUAGCCGUGGAGCACUCCUUAUGUCCAUCAAAAGAUAAUGGUGGUAUGCUUGGGUGGGUUCGGAGGGGGCAGAUGGUACCAGAGUUUGAAGAAGCAGCAUUUAGUGCUCCUUUGAAAAAAGUUGUACGGUGCAAGACAAAAUUUGGAUGGCAUUUAGUGCAGGUCCUCUCUGAGAGGGACCAAUGCAUGCUUCAAGAUAUUGCACCAGAAGAGCUUCACGCAAAAAUGCAAGAUCCUAGUUUUAUCGAAGAAGCUCAAUUGAUUGAUGUUCGGGAGCCUGAUGAAGUGGAGAGAGCGUCCCUUCCAGGUUUCAAAGUUCUACCUCUCCGCCAAUUUGGAACCUGGGGACCAGUCAUGGCUGAUGAAUAUGAUCCUCAAAAGGACACAUAUGUUCUGUGCCACCAUGGCAUGCGGUCAAUGCAGGUAGCUAAGUGGCUGCAGUCACAGGGAUUCCAAAAAAUUUACAAUGUUGCGGGUGGAAUCCAUGCCUACUCGGUGAAAGCCGAUUCUUCCAUCCCGACUUACUAGCCAUCUGGAUGAUCACCACUCCAAGUACAGAGCCUUCUCUGCAUUCUUCUUUACCAUACCAAACUAAAGUUAUGUCCGGCUCCUAUUGGUAGAAUUUGGCAAUGGUUUUAUUUUGGUGUCAGGACUCGGAGCUACAAUUUUCUUCUCACGCGAGAUCUUGUAUGAGGAGUUAUCUUUCAAGUUGUAUAUGGAAUUAUGGAUCAUAUCAAUAUGAAUAGAAAAGAAAUAUUUGAGAGAUUCUUAUUGGAUUGAUGCA